GUGUCGAUGACGACGGACAUGAAUGCAUGGUGAAUCGACAAACAUUUCGCAAUGGCAAUGCUCGUGCACGCCACUAGUCAGCGCCGGAUCGCAAAAACCAUGACCUUCGCCAUUGCCCUCCAGCUUCUCUUUGCUCUCGUUGUCACAUGAGCCAGAAAUUGACCGAAUCGGCAAGACGUGGAAUGGCGAUGACGAUGAUGACGGCGAUGGCGGUCAACAGGAUGGUUUUUCGACGUGUGUCACCUUCUCGCAUACAAAUUGGCUACGUCGGACGUGUGUGAGAAUGGUGCGUGUGAGAUUUCCCGAGGAGACGGCAGAAACAGUAUUCCCGCCGCCGCGCUUGCAGCAGUUGGUGUGCUUCAUGGCUUGUUACCUUUGGAAGUACCAACUCGUGUGCAUUGAACCUCGCCGCACGGACUCACAUACAUAUCCAUGCUCAACAUUCCUUGGCUUCGGAGAACUCUGCUCUGUCUGUCCUGAGGCCCGGUAGCCCCCGAACAGGCCCUGUCACUCUACGACGUUGCUACGCAGAUUCCCAAGGCGCUGUGGCGGAUAUACACGGUAGCGCAGAUUGAUGAAGAGAUUGGCCACCUUCACGCCACGAACGCGCAACACAGGCAAAUCAGAGACCAUAUCCACACUGAUACAUUUUGCGCGAGAGUGCCAGCUUUAGGUUUGAGCUCUGCAGGCUCCUCCUCUAUUCCACCACCACACGCGCAGCAAGCCUCGUUGGCUGUCUUAGUGAAGAAAGCGUUGCCAGCUCCAUAAUGCUUGCAGCGCUCCUCCUUGGCGAACCAGUCGCAAUCUGCUGCUGGUCCUAAGGAAGAGUACCAUUUCGCGUGCCCCUCGGGCACCCAAUUCUUACAAGCGGUGGCUUUCGAUGUGACUGACGCUCUAGGGCUAGAUGUGGUGUCGACCGAGACUGGGGCCAUCGACGUCGUUGUCGCUGUCUUCCACUUAGGCGUCCAAGACGUGGUCCCAGUGCCGUACUCCUCUGUCCAAUUGCCAGUCUCGUACGGAGCUGCCUUCGCCCCGGUCGACGAUGUACCAUUGCGUCGCCGUGCAUUCAACUGUAAGUCUACGACUUCUAGCUGGAGGCCAUCGUGGCUCUGCAAAGCACCUGGAGCCGUCUUGCGACCAAUCGACCUUGCUCUCGCGGCACAAGCUGGCACCCUCCACAUCAGAAGCACUGCGAGGCGAACGGCUGGUGUGCAAGUCGGCAACCGAAUGCCUCCUCCUGUGGCACGGCGCCCAUCAGCCCACGUGUAACAACUCGGCGGUCCCCCACAUCUCUUCAUUGAACUGGGGCGAGUCCCUUGAGCUAGCCAACUGCGGAAAGACGGCGACAAGCAGUACGAGCAUCCUGGCGAAGCAUGGGCUUGCACUUCCCAAAGCAUGCAACAACACCAACCGGAGUGGCUUCUGCAUGUGGGCCUGUGCCAGCGGCGUCUCGAAGAGAUACAAUAGAACGCGACGAAUCAACUUCAGAUAGACACGAUCGGUACCGAUUGUCAUGGCCUGUUGAGAUUGGAAGAGGGCGCGAGAGAGUGAGAGAGAGAGAGAGAGAGAAAGAGAAGGGAGAGAGGGAGAGAAAGUUCGACAGAUAGCGGGGGAGAGAGGGGACGGGCUUGCAUCACAUUGAUCCGCGCAGUGCUGCUGCUAUCUAGCCUAGAAAGAAUAGCCGUUCGCACACGGGUACUCUGUCAGCGUCGAAGUACCAAUGCCCUCCGCAAGCACAGUGGACGCAACUCUCGAUCGAACCGACUCUUCCAGUGCACCGCGUGAAUAUCACACUUGGGCGUCCAAUCACUCCUUAAAUGGUCAUCAUCGAACGACAGUGAAUGAACAGCUAGCCAACGAAUGCACGCAGACUCCAG